GUUCCUUCCAACUAUUUUCCAGUGGUUGUUAUCGAGGAUGAUUCUUCAAAGAGUACUGUUGCUGUGCGUGUGUUCGUAUGCGGCUCUAACGGAGAGGGAUGAGCGAUCGGUGCAGAUAGUCAUCAACAAUAACGAUGGGAGUGGGGACAGUGACAGCGACUGCGCCUGUGAAGCUGUCGACGUCGGAGAGGAAUGUUGCGGGUUUUGUGAGGAUUCGAAUGCCGAGUGCCGUCCCUUCCGGUGUGUGGACAUUUGCCAAUGCAGAGACGGUCACGUGUUCUGUGGAUGCGAAGCCGGGGAGGGAUCCUGCCAACCAGAACAAGGAUUAAAUGGGGCGUGUGUCUGUAAUGCACAGUGUCCCCUAAACUCCAUAUGCAACCCUUCAUCGGGUGUCUGCGAGUGUGCUUCAGGAUUCGUCGAGGCGAGCGGCGAAUGCAUACCUGAUACAGAAACUCCGCCCCCGGUAUUUGGUGGUGAUUGCGAUGGAGAUGGUGGAAAUCUUGGAGCUAUCAACUGCCCCGAAUGGCCGGUCUUCAAGUGUCAAAGAAUCCCGGGAACCGGGCCACGACCAAAAAAGUGCCUCUGUAACGGACCUUUCGGCUAUGUGGAUGACGGGACGGGGACUGGCUGUGUUUGUGACAUCGCCAACAAGCCAAAUGCCCAGUGUACCCGAUUAUAAGAAUGUCAUGGAACUGAACUACAAAUGAUUUCAAUAUAACAUUGAAUGACGUAGUAUUGUAAUUAACUUCCUUCUCUCUGUU